ACGGUUCAAAUAUCACGUGCGUGAAUGAUCCCACGCCAUCAUCAACAGUGCCACCGCAAGCAACUACCAUUCCAUGGGUUAUCUCAGUAAAAAUUCUUUCUAUAUAACAAGGGAUCGCCUCAGGCUCAAACCGUACGUGGCUUUCAUACACAUUCGAUAUUAUCGAGCCGAGAGAGAAUCUGUCCGAGCAGCAAACAGAUUAACAUGUAUCCGGCAAAUGGCAUCCACGUUCUGGUCCUAGCGCACCCAGUGCAAGGCCACAUAAACCCAGUGCUCCAAUUCUCCAAACGCUUGGCCUCAAAGGGUCUCAAAGUCACCUUCCUAAUCCCCAUCUCCACCAGGAAGUCCCUCAAUCUGGUAAACGCGGGCUCCAUCCGUGUCGAGUACAUCUCUGACGGGUUCGACAACGUCGAAGCGGACAAACUGAUCACUGAUGAGUAUCUCGACCACUUCCGACUUUCAGUUUCUCGGAGCCUGAGCAAUUUCAUUCAGAAACACCAAUGUUGUAAGGAGUCUCCGGCUAAAGUUCUUAUUUUCGAUUCCAUUGACAGUUGGGUUCUAGAUGUGGCAAUGGAGCACGGCAUGCAUGGAGCUUCAUUCUUCACUCAGUCUUGCGUCGUUAGUUGGAUCUAUUACUUGGUUCACCACGGAACGGUGAAGCUCCCACUAAAAGUUGUAGAGGGGCAAGGUUGUGUUCUAUCUGAUCCUCCGCUGAUGUCGGUUUUACGACUGAACGAUUUUCCUUCAUUUGUUGCUGAUGUACACAAAUAUCCCGCCAUACUCAAGAUCGUUCUCGGACAGUUCUCCAAUAUCCAGAAAGCCAAGUGGCUUUUGUUCAAUACUUUCACUGAGCUCGAGUACGAGCUGGUGAAUUGGAUGGGGAACCAAUGGUCAAUGAUGACCGUGGGACCCACGAUACCUUCAGUAUACAUGGACAAGAGACUCGAGGACGACAUAGACUACGGACUUAGCCUCUUCAAGCCCGAAGCAGAAGCUUGCCUCAGGUGGCUGGACUCGAAGCCACCCAGGUCCACCGUCUACGUGUCGUUCGGAAGCUUGGCGUCUCUCGGAGAGGACCAGAUGGCAGAGCUCGCGAGUGGGCUCAGGUCGAUGAAGAGCCACUUCUUGUGGGUGGUGAGAGAGUCUGAAGAGAAGAAGCUGCCGUCCAACUUCAUGCAGGAGCUAGGGUUAGAUGAUGGCAAAAAGGGCUUGAUGGUGAGGUGGUGCGAUCAGCUCCAAGUGCUGAGCCACGGCUCGGUCGGUUGCUUCAUGACCCACUGCGGGUGGAACUCUACCCUCGAGGCGCUGAGCUUGGGUGUCCCCAUGGUGGUGAUGCCCCAGUGGUCUGACCAACCGACCAACGCCACAUUCAUCGUGGAGGUGUGGAAGGUCGGACUUAGGGUUAGGGCCAACGAGCAAGGGGUCGUGAUAGGGGAGGAGAUUGAGAGCUGCGUAAAUGAGAUCAUGGAUGGAGAGAAAGGGAAAGAGAUCAGAGAAAACUCUUCGAGGUGGAAAGAAAUUGCCAAACGGGCCGUAGGUGAAGGAGGUUGUUCGGAUAAGAACAUUCAAGAAUUUUUCUCGAACAUUGUUGAUUUGUGCACGUGAUGCUCGUGCACGUGUGAUAAUGGUGAAAAAUAAACUCGCCAAUGUGAUAUAGAUGAUUGUGUCUUAUCUGAAUUGUAAGAUUGUUCUCAAUAUAUAUUUUGAAUUUAG